AGCCGGUCCGUACGGUCGGUGGGAGAGUACGGCUCUCUGCGGCUGCUGUGCGGCGCGCGGCUCCGUUAUUUUUUUCUUUCUUCUUUUCUUUCCCGCUUUCAUCUCGAUCGCACAGCAUCUCUUUCCCAAUACCACGUGUGCGCGUGCCCGAGUAGAUAUUAUUUUUAUCCGUGCACGCCCAAAGAUCGGUAAGAGAAUCGUCGUGAAACGCUCGCCGACGCCGAUGUCACGGCUGUGACUUUUGUUAUUGCUUCCUUUCUCUCGGUGCUGCAUCCGUGCUACUUGUCUCCUCUCUUUUGACCUAUCGCUUCUUUUGAAGAAUAGAGGCGGAACCAGAGGAAUAGGAGCCACGCGAGGGAGCCCGCCAAAUUUCGAAGCAGGAGAUCCGACGCGCGUGUGUGACAGUGUGCCAGUGCGUCCCCAGAGCUUCCUUUGCGGGGCUACGAAACUAUUUUUUUUUUUUUUUCACCCCCUGCUUGCGAGUGGGUCCUUUGAAGUUUGGGCUGCCGAUCCGAGCCGAUUCCGUGUACAGCGACUGGACCGACUUCCGUGUGGCCGGAGUCAUGUGACCUCAUCUGGAACUGUCCUUUCGCGAAACGAGAGACGUAGAAGAGAAAAAAAGUCUGUCCACUCAAAGGAGCACAAGGACAGAAGACGCGCUGGUAGGACAAGCGCUCGAAAAGGGCCCAGACAGCGUCAUGUGGACAGGAAGGAGGCCACUGGUGCUGCUGGUGCUGCUGUUACUGAGGCUCCAGCUGACGCUGCAGCAAAGGCCGAAACUCGGGGGUUCCGUCAACGUCUUCAGCCGCUACGGCUACCUGGCCGUCAGCAUGAGGGUGGUGCCGCGCAACGACAGCGACACCUGGAUAUUUCGCGAGCCGUCGCUCGACGUGUUUCGUAACGUCGCCCCAGCGCCGCCCAAGGCGAGACGCGACGAUGUUCUCUUCGACGGGGACUAUCACCUGGAGUUCUGCGAUAACGUGCGGCAACUUUUGCAGGCCUACUUCCGUGACUUCACGUUCGAGCACCUGGAGAGGCCGUGGCGCGCGUUCACCGGCAGCUGGUCGCGCGCCAUGAUAGCCAAGCACCUCGGCAUCAGCGCGUCCUUCGUAACGGGGGACCACUGCUACGUCCUCGUGCGAGUGUCUCGCUUCAGGGACGUCAAGCGCCUCAACACCGGCCCCGGCUCCGAGUACCUGCAUCUGGACGAGGACGUCGCCAGGGAGGCCGAAAACGUCACCAUCGGCGACACGGCCAGUGUCAUACGCUUCAUCAAGAACUUCGGCUCGCACUACAUAUCCAGCUACGUCACUGGCAACUCGCUCUAUCAGGUGUUCGUGUACAGUCCGCAGACGUACCUGCAGAUAAAGCGGCAGCUGAAGAGCCGGGGCGUGGCCGAGCUGUCGAGCAUCGAGCUGAACAAUUUUUUCUCGCCGUGGAACGCGGAGCACAUGGGGGCCAUACUCUCGGCGUCGGGCAACCGGACGGUCGAGUACUGGGCUGCCGAGCGGCUGCGCGUCCACUUGUACAUAUUCACCUACGCGAGCCUACUCAAGCUCCACGGCAACGGCGAACUCCUCGCCCAAUUGGACUCGCUCCUUGGCGACGAGGCGCUACUUCAGCUCCAGCUGCGCACCCUCACGCCGCUCUUCCAGGACCCCAAGAGGCGACAAUGGUUCCUCAACGUCAUUGACAACUACUUCAAACUCUGGGAGGUCAACAUUUGACUCAACCGCGCGAGUUUCGGCCGCCGAGGGCUCGCGUAGUGUCAUCGUUGUCACGCCAUGCCACUCGCUUCGUUUUUUUUGUGCGUUGCGUGCGAAAACCGCAUCAAUCCCGAAGCUGAUUUUCUUUUCCCUUCAACUAGCACUACUAUUACAAUUAAUUUCAUAUGAUUAUUAUUAUUAUUAUUAUUAUUACCAUCGCUGUACUGUUGACGAUGAUUGUUUAUUAUUUAUGUUCGAGGACCAAAGGAGCGCGCGCGACCCCUCCGAACUCGCCGAGAGCCUGCGUAUGAGUGAACGGAAAAAAAAUCUUUCUUUUCUUUUUUCUUUUUUUUUUUAUUAUUAUUUUCUUUUCCUACGUUUUACGCAGAAUAACCGAACGCAGAGACUGAAAGCACUAAAACCACGUAUAUUUAUGUAUUAUGCUCACAUGCGCUCGUAACGCAAGUUAAUUGUCAAUGUGACAUGUCGUACGCGUAUUGUUAUAAUAGUGUGUUUGUGCGCGCAGCGAGGCAAGGGGGGGCCUGUACAUCUUUUUUGUAGGCGAUGCUGUUACGUUGUUGAUUACUAAGUAUUUAUUGCGUGAGUUAGGGUUUAGGAAGCACAAAGGACAAUUUUACGUAUUAGGAUCGCGUUUAGGUGUAGGCGUCUCCGACACGACCGCGACCGGUUGUCUUUUCUGUAUAUUUUUUUUUUUUUUUUUUUUUUUUUUUCCAUAUG